GUUAGUGUAGUGUCAGUUAGAGGCGCGGCAGAUGUCGAGCGGCACCGACGUGAGGCGCGAACCGGCGCGCCGGUACUCGCCGCCCGCGCCUUAUCGCUAUCACCUUAUCAACCCUUAUCAGUUACUCAUCGCGAAUCCGAUCGCACACCGCCAUUCGAUACACGCGCGCCAUCCAGAUGUGAUUUAUUUCUGAAACAACUGACCAUGUACGGGAUAUCGGUGUUUGUUUUUUCAUGUUUGUUAUUCGUGAAUUUCCAACAUGGAAAUUGUCAAGUACAACAGCAGAUGCUGAAUAAGCUGGUCUGCAUCCAGCAUGAUGAGUGCGGCGCGUGUUUGUCGGCGGCAUCGCAUUGUCGCUGGUGCGCGGACCUCAACUACAAGUCCGGAGCCCCGCGGUGUAAUGAUGACGAAAGUCUCGUGAACACUGGCUGUAGUCAAGGCUUAAUCCAGCGUCCAGAGAAGCCAAUAUGGGAGAUGGUGGAGAACAGCUCGCUUCAGGACAUGACGCCCAACAGUGAGGAGAAUGUUGUGCAAAUACAACCGCAGAGGAUCCGCCUAUCUUUGAAGUCAAGAGAGACACAAAAGAUUCAGUUUACAUAUAGACCAGCCAAAAAUUACCCUCUAGAUUUAUAUUAUUUGAUGGAUCUCACUUGGUCUAUGAAGGAUGACAAAGAGACGCUGGUGUCUUUGAGAGAUGAUCUGCCUAUAUUGUUGAAAAACCUUACAGAUAACUUUAGAUUAGGUUUCGGAAGCUUCGCCGAGAAACCGCUGAUGCCAUUCAUAAACACGGAUGCAAAACGACUAGCAAACCCAUGUUCAAUGGAGGAAGAGGCUUGUGAGGCAACCUACAGCUAUAAACAUCACCUGUCCCUAACCAACCAGGUGAACGAGUUCAUAGAGCGCGUGAACAGCAGUUCAGUGACAGCUAACCUGGACAACGCGGAGGCGCAACUGGACGCAUUGGUGCAGGUGAUCACGUGCGGAGACAAGAUCGGCUGGGCGACACACAGCAGAAAGAUUAUAAUACUGCUGUCUGAUGGACUUAUGCAUACGGCCGGGGAUGGGAAACUUGGUGGCGCGACUAGGAAGAGCGAUGAUCAAUGUCAUUUGGACGAUAGAGGGUACUAUUCGGAAGCUGCUACUUAUGACUAUCCGUCGGUGGCACAGUUAUAUAGACUGUUGGAAAAGUACAAGGUCAACGUGAUUUUCGCUGUAACUGAAAGCGUUAAAUCCCACUACGACAGUUUGAACCAGCUACUCGAAGACUUUACUUAUGUGGCUAAACUAGAGAGUGACAGUUCUAAUAUUCUGAAACUAGUUAAAACUGGUUAUGAGGAUAUUGUCAGCGUUGUUGAUUUCCAUGAUGAUUCUAACUUGGGACCAGUUAAAGUUAGGUACUUUACGGACUGUGGAGUGAAAGGAGGACCUAUGAAAGAAGAAACGAGAUGCACUGGAGUGGAAUAUGGCAUGACUCUGCGUUAUGAAGCUCAUGUCACUUUGGAGUCUUGUCCUGAAUAUAAGUCCUCGACCCAAACGAUCCGCAUAUCGGAGUCGCAGCUAGGGCAGGACGCGCUGACGCUGGAGGUGCACGUCCAGUGCGGCUGCGCGUGCAGCGUGACGUCACAGCCGCACAUGGCGCCCAUGUGCCCCGUCAACGCGCACUUCGUCUGCGGCGUCUGCCAGUGCAAUAAGGGAUGGUCAGGUCCCACAUGCGACUGUGCGAUAGGCGACGAGAAUGCGUCAGCCGAGCUGAUGGCGCAGUGCCGCGAGCCCAACGCCACCCGCAGCAUGGCGUGCUCGGGCGCCGGCGACUGCCUGUGCGGCGAGUGUUCCUGCGACCCCGGCUUCACGGGGAAAUACUGCCAGUGUGCCACCUGUGAUGUUAGUCUGGAGAACGACCUAGAAUGCGGCGGCGUGGGUCGCGGGGUGUGCGUGUGCGGGCAGUGCGCCUGCGCGGGCGGCUGGAGCGGCGCCGCCUGCGACUGCACCAACACCACCGACACUUGUGUGUCGCCUGCUGGGGGGGACAUUUGUUCUGGACACGGGGACUGCGUCUGUGGUCGCUGCCAGUGCUCAGCAGCAGACGACAGCGGCUCCAAGUAUUCUGGAAUGUUCUGCGAGACAUGCGCCACGUGCGACAACCCACUGUGUGCACACGCCGAGCCCUGCGUCACCUGUUCCCUUAACAGCAACUGUACUGAUAGCUGUAGUGUCGGCACCGUCAACUACACCGUCACCGAGAGAUUAGAUUCAGCAAGUGCAGACAUCGACGACGUAUCCUGCAUCCUCCGUCUUAUUGAGAACGAUUUAGAAUGCGAGUACAAAUACACUUACUCAGCCGUUCCUACCUUAUCUGACGUUGAGAUAACUAUUAGGGCUAAAGAGUGUUACCAACCCACUAGUGCUAGGAUCAUGACCAGUGCUCUUGUCAUCAUGGGCUGUGUCGUAGCCGCAGGACUGAUCGCCAUCUUGUUCUUCCGAUGUGGUCAGAUCGUGUCAGACAGACGUGCUUAUGCCAGGUUUGUUAAGGAAGCUCAAGAAAGCAGGAAACAUAUGCAAGAGUUGAACCCGUUGUAUAUAUCGCCUAUUUCAGAGUUCAGACUGCCUGAUUCCUUCCCUAGGGAUAAAAAUGAUUAGGUUUUGAGUCUAUUGAAGUUAUUGUUCCUUAAGUUUAAGUAAAAUAACAGAACACAGAGUGUGUGUGAAUGAAUGUUAUAAGCAUAGUGUUUAACGUAAACAUUUAGUGAAGAGAUGUAAAAGUGUCUUUAUAUUUGAACAAGAUGGUUAUUUUUAACCACAAUUAUGAAAAGAUCGCCGACAGCGACUUCUAUUAGGAAAUUGUGCGUUAA